AUGCUUCCCCUCGGCCUCCUCACAGCCGCACAGGGCCGCCCCAUGCUCGUCGAGCUGAAGAACGGCGAGACCCUCAACGGCCACCUGGUGACGUGCGAUAACUGGAUGAACUUGAUCCUGCGCGAAGUUGUGCAAACUAGCCCCGAAGGCGACCGCUUUUUCAGAUUACCCGAAGUCUAUGUUCGCGGUAACAACAUCAAAUACCUCCGAGUCCCUGAUGAGAUCGUCGAUAUUGUCAAGGAGCAACAACAAAACCAACCACAGAACCGACGCGGCGGGCAUGGCCGAGAUGUCAGCAUCGCGCAUUUCAUCUCGAUUUCCGGGGAUGUGGAUGAACCAACCGCCGUGAACCUCAUACCCCGACAUGUCGCGGCAGGCACUCGUCUUUGA